AUGGCUUCAAGCACGGCUGACCUAAGCAGCCUCGUCCAGCACACCAACUCCUGCCUUCCCCACCACCCGCCCCGGGUGGCCAGCGUGAUGCUCUCUCUGUUCUACACGGCCCUGUUGAUCUUUGCUGUCCUGGGAAACGUCCUGGCCCUUCGCCUGGCCCAUCAAAAGGACGAAAAGAUCAACUCGACAGGUGUUUUCCUGGUCCACCUGGCAGUGUCCGACCUCCUGUUCACCCUGACCCUGCCCGGAAAGAUCACCUACUUCCUGCUGAACUUCAGCUGGCCUUUCGGGGAGGGGCUCUGCAGGCUGACGGCCUUCAUCUUCUUUGUGAACACCUACUCGGGCAUCUACCUGAUGACGUGCGUGAGCGUGGACCGCUACUUGGCGGUGGUCCACGCCCACCAGUGUCCCCGGCUGCGUGAGCCCACGAGGGCCCAGCUCAUCUGCGCGGCUGUGUGGGUCCUGGCGAUGCUGCAGACGCGGGUUUUCAAAUUGUGCCUGCAGCUCACCGUCUGCCUCAUGAACUUGAACUGCAGCAUCGACCCCGUCGUUUACUUCUUCGCGUCCUCACGUUACAGGAAAUGGCUCCGCCGCCUUCUGAAACUCAAAGCAUCACCAUCCUCUCCCUCCUCCCCGCCGGGAAAAGCUUCCUCAGAAACACAAAGUAUCAACCAGACGGGAGUCUCCUUGCCCUUGGAGGAGAAUGAAGUCUAA